GCAAUGAGCAACACACCACCUAACAACACAACUUCUAGUAGCAAAAUGUCAAAUUUUAAACUCUUCUCCUUCCUGGUCAAGAAAAGAAAAAAGACACCGACCAAUAAUUCAACAUCAACUGAUCAACAAACUGACUCUCCACGAUCAUCAAAUAGUGAUACAGAUAUGAUGAUUGAUACUUCUCCUAGAACGAUGACAUCUUCUCUGAAACAUACACCUGAAUAUGUUGAUGUUAAUAGUAAGACUAGUUUGGGAGCUCUCUCACAAACUUCACAUGUCAAUCCAAGAAACUCAGCAAGAAUUAUUAGGAGAUCAGAUAAUGAAGGAUUUAAAAAUAAGGUGAAUAAUAGAAAGAGUGCUGCUUUCACUAAACAACAAAUUGUAUUCUAAGCAAUUUUGACUAAUUUUUAACUAAUGUAAAGUAAACUAAUUGAUUAAAAACUAAUUCUAAUAAUUUACAUUUGUUAUCUUUCCUCUGUUCACUUUUACAAGCCUUUAGUUUCAAGCCAUUUUAAACCAAACUUUCGUCCACGGCGAAUUAGUAUGUGAACUAACUAAUCAAAAAAAAACUUUCAACAAUAUUACAAGUUUAUUUCUAUCAAUCACCUAUCUAACAUACGCAUUGAAAGAGUGAUAAUACUAAUAGUAACUGAGGAAAGCUGAUUCAAACACCCGCUUUUACACUAAGGCCAUGUGUUCCAGCUUUUGUAAUUGUCAUAAUGUUUGCAUGUUUUUCAGAGAGGUCUACGUAACGAUCUGUUGGUGUGGCAUGUACCACUAUUUGCAGAACUCUCACCUGAAAUCUCAUAAUUGUUAGUUCUAAAUCAUUGGUGCUGUUGAGGUGGUAAAAGUCGACAAGUUGUUAAUUCCCAUUUAUAGAUAAAUGGAAAGAUUUUAAUGCAUGACCAAAUGCCAACCUUUUGGCUUGUUGUACCCUUGGAUUGUACAAUUCAUUUCUUAUUUUACAAAAUAACAAGCUCAAUUUCGAAUAAUCUCGAAAUUUUGAGAAGCAUUUUACUUGUGAACUUGAAAUCAUAGACAAAAACCAAAAUAUUCAAUGAAUUUUUAUUCGUUGC